UACGAGUGACGUCUUGGAGUUUACCGAGGAUUACGAAGAUUAUAGUGAGGUGGACAGGUGAAUAAGCGGAGACACAAGCGAGACACAUGAGAUAAUCACACGUGUAUGCGCGUUCGAAGCGUACAGAAGUAUUUGUAGUGUUUUACGAGCGUUAUUUAACGCGCGGACGAUUUGAAGACUCGUCACAAAACGUCUCCGCACUUGGUUUACCUAGGAAUUGUGUUGGAGUACACACAGAUGUUUGUUCAUUAAAAGUGCAUCAAUAGUUACUAAAAGUGAUUGGUAAAUAUUAAAAUAAAAUAAAAGUGAGUUUAGUGGUUUAAGUCAACUCGUGGGUAAUACAAAAUGGCGAAGAAAAUUGGUUUACUUAUUUUAUUGCUGGCGCUGUAUAACCAUCCAGGUCAAUGUCAAGGAGAUCAUGAAAACAAGGGAAACAUUGUUUUACACUUACAUAAUGGAAGUUAUCAUGAAAAAAACAUGGAUAGCAAUUCAUCUAGUGUAGACUUCGUGGCGCUAGAGGGCGGUAGUCAUCCGUGUAAACGUCCAUGCGUUUCCGGGCAGAACAUGCAGUGCCGUUAUCGUUUCGAAGUCGAGUGGUAUUACACGAUGAGUAAAGCCUGUUACGACUGUCCUGUGAAUUUAGAAGAUUGUUAUCGGCCUGAGUGUAUUAUUGCCGAUGGGCAACCGAGGUCAGUUGUCGUGGUUAAUCGACAAUUACCUGGACCUGCCAUUGAAAUUUGUGUGAAUGACGAAGUGUUAAUUGACGUAGACAAUCAACUUUUUGGUGAGACCACCACAAUGCACUGGCAUGGCCAUCAUCAAAUAGGGACGCCAUAUAUGGAUGGUGUACCAGGUGUGACACAAUGUCCCAUUGAAUCCGGAACUGUGUUCACGUAUAAAUUCAACGCGACUAAUUCUGGGACCCAUUUCUGGCACUCACAUUCUGGUAUACAACGUGGUGAUGGUACCUAUGGGGCGUUUAUUGUUCACGUCCCUGAUGAGGAAGACCCGCAUAGGAACCUCUAUGACUUUGAUCUUACUUCUCAUAUUAUUGCUAUCAAUGACUGGGACAAUGUCCCCAGUACAGAGAUGUUUCUGGCGCAUUACCAUUAUGGUGGGACCAACAAACCAGCUAAAUUAUUGAUUAAUGGUUUGGGAAUGAGGAACUUUACUCAUCCUGAAAACAAUACACCUAUUGCUAGAUUUGAAGUUGAGAAAGGUUUCAAAUAUAGAUUCAGAUUGAUCAAUGCUGGGUUCCUAAACUGUCCCAUUGAGAUGUCCUUUGAUGGGCAUUCAAUGCAGGUUAUCUCCACGGAUGGUAACGAUAUUGAACCUGUAAUUGUUGAUUCCCUGGUGUCGUAUGCCGGCGAAAGGUUUGAUUUCAUUGUGACUGCUGAUCAAGAUGAAGGGUUGUAUUGGAUGAGGUUUAGAGGUCUCAUGGAUUGUGACGAAAGGUUCACCAGUGCUCAUCAGGUUGCUGUGUUGCAAUACAAAUCAAAUUCAACCAAAUUAAGUAAAGAAUUGCCUUCAGGUGAUGUUCCCACGUAUGAAACUUCCCAUAAGGAAGGUUUGCAAUUGAAUCCAUUAAACAAAGGUGUUGAAUCAUCCAAAGAUAAUGAAACCAUCACGAUUCCGGAACUCCGAUCAAUCACAGAUUAUGAUGCGAGCAGUUUAAUGGGUGAACCCGAUGAGAAAUUCUUCAUUUCGUAUGAUUUUUACAAAAUGGACACUCCGAUGUACCAUAAAAAAGAUGUUUAUGGUUUUUAUCAAGUGAAAGAAAACAAACGUGUGUUAACGCCACAGUUAAACCACAUUGCGUUUAAACUUCAACCAACUCCAUUACUCCAGGGUAGAGAUAAUAUACCAGAUUCUCUUUUUUGUAACGAAACAACCGAAGCAGGAAAGAAUUGCACAGGAGAGUUUUGUAAAUGUACGCAUGUUAUGCAAGUGAAACUCAAUUCCAUCGUGGAGUUGAUCCUGAUUGAUGCUGGUUUUGCUUAUGAUGCGAACCAUCCAUUCCAUUUGCAUGGUCAUUCAUUCAGGGUGAUUGGCAUGGAACGUCUUUCAAGUGAUGUAACAGCAGAGGAAGUAAAAGAGUUGGAUAAACAAGGGAAACUUAAAAGGAAUUUUAUCAACCCACCUGUGAAGGAUACUGUGACCAUUCCGGAUGGAGGUUAUACUAUUGUGAGAUUCAAUGCUUCAAAUCCAGGUUAUUGGUUGUUCCAUUGUCAUAUUGACUUCCAUGUUGAAGUGGGAAUGGCGUUGGUGUUUAAAUUUGGAGAAAAUGAAGACAUGCCACCUACACCUGUCAAUUUCCCAACUUGUGGUUCUUACUCACCUGACUCGCGUUCUACAGGACACACAGAUAUUAUCCCAAGUAGUUUAGUAACGAUAUUAAUGUUUAUUAGUAUUUAUUUAUGCAAAAACCAAUAAGAUUUAAGCAUAAUGCAAUAUGCGCCGAUUACCAGAAUCAAAACACACGUGAUACUAGCAUUAGCAAACAAAUAAAAACAGAUUUUUGUUAAA